AUGAAGAUUCUAUGGGUCUUAGUUGCUGUAGGUCUGGUUGGUGGAGAAAAGCUGGAUCGAAACUAUCUUCCGCCACCUGGAGCUCAUUUAGCUGGAGGUGUUUUUGAUGAUGACAAGCUGGAAUUACCAAAAGAAAACUUCCAGUAUACUAAUGUAUAUGAAUCAAAUGAUAGAGAGGCUACAUUCAAUACUACACCCGAUGUCAGAACUGCUGGUAAUGACGGGGGCUUUUCAUAUAGCUUUGAUACAUCAAAUGGCAUUCACGCUGACGAAAGCGGUACAGCUGAUGCUGGAGUAAGAGCAGAAGGGUCGUAUUCAUAUAUUGGUGAUGAUGGGAUAUUAUAUAAAAUAGAAUAUACUGCUGAUGAGAAUGGUUUUCGACCUCGUGGUAGCCAUUUACCGACUCCUCCACCCAUACCCAAGGAAAUUCAAAGAGUCAUUGAGCAAGCGCAUAGGAACAAAGCAGCUGGUAUAUUUGAUGAUGGAUCUUACGACGAUAAAAAGUACGGUUUUAACAAAUAUAUGCCUCGUUUGACAAACAAAGCACAAGAUUUGUUAAUGACCAACAAAGAUUUAAUUAAAAACAUCAGUGAGAAACCACGAAAAAACAAGAAUACAGAAUAUGAAGAAUUACGACUACAAGCUUCUACUGUUGAUCCAAGUCCGACAUUUGAAGAUACUAAUAAUAUGCAGAUUGUAGAUUCUGCUCAGUCAAUAUUUGGGACGAGUCAAGGUUAUAACUAUGAAUCUUCUACGCCAUCUUUAACGAGCAAUACUGUAUCACACCCCGAUAAUUAUAUAAAUACUAUUUCUUCAACCUUUGUCACACCUACUACGUUCAUGCCUAGAUUAUAUACUUCUAAAGAUUUCGCAGAUUUAGAUCAAUCAGAUAGAAAAACAAUCGAGAGACCCAAAGAUAGAGUUAUUAAUACAUCUAACGAACAUUUCACAACUCCUAUAUCUACUACUUUUUCAACUGGAAUUGAGAACUAUAACACUGAAUUACCUGAUAGGUCUCAUUUUGAGGACAAUGCAUUUACACAAGAUUUCAGUGGUCCGAAACAAAAUCAAGAUUUUGAUCCCAAUACUGGAUAUUAUUAUUAA